AUGUCAGAAAAGCCGAUGCCUCAGGACUAUAUCCGUCUCUCCAUGGAGAAACGCGUUAAGGUAAAAGUCCAGGAAGGUCAAGAACUCGAAGGAGUCCUUCAUGCUUACGACGAGCAUUAUAAUAUCAUUCUUGGCGAUGUUUUAGAAAGUAUAAUGGGUCUUGAUAAAAAUGGAAAGUUUAUUCCAGUUAGGCAAAAUCAGAUAGAUAUGCUUUUUGUUCGUGGAGAUAGAAUUGUUUCAAUUGCAACAAUUUGA